AUGACUUUCAUACCUUCAAACGAUUUCUCCCAGGCUCCCAGCCCCGUGUCUACAGCCACGCGAGGAUCUGAUGAAAGUUCAUCUCAAAAUGAUACUGACGGAAAGAAUGCAAGCUUUGCAAAUUCCACUUCAACGAAAAACGAAGAAGAUGUACUGGACAAGGCAGGCACCUCGCAUUCGACUCAGCACUCAGCUUUUCUUCACUCUACGAACAGGUUGAAGUUCUCAGGUUAUGGCGAGACGGCCAAUAAGACAAGAAUAACGCUUCUCAUCACUUCAUGCAUGUCAUGUCCUUGGACAGGCAAACCCAUACAUGGGGAAAACCUAGCAUGGGCAAUGACAGAUGUGUGGACUUUCAAAGAUAGUCCUCCGCCCGACGUAAGGAUGAUGGAUCAUUUGAGGAAAUACACCAAAGAGUUCUCAUGCGAAAUCGAGAGCGCUCUAGCUGGGCAAUGGUCAGUCAAACAAGGAAAGGAUCCAGUCAUUUACAAAAGAGUAACGGACACAAUCGAAAGCCUAUGCAUCUCCGGUGCUUACAAGAUCGCUCAAGGUCUUAAGUCGACUCAUUUCCCACCCGAAGUGGCAUCUACACUUAAUUCAGAGAUUGAGGUCAAGGUCCUCGAUCCAGAAUCAUUCAUGGCGUUUGACCCUCCAGUGACUAAAGGUUGGUUCAAACAGCAACCUUACGAUAAGGAUGAAUAUAAACGAUUUCUGGCAAGUAUUGAGAAGCCCUCUUUACAGAACAGCCAAGAGGAUACUUCGGCAUAUGUUAAGCGCGAGCCGGAUCUGCUUUAA